AUGGGGAAACAGAACAGCAAGUUGACCCCUGAAGUGAUGGAGGACCUGGUGAAGAGCACAGAGUUUAAUGAACACGAGCUGAAGCAGUGGUACAAGGGAUUCCUGAAGGACUGUCCCACCGGCAGACUCAACCUGGAUGAGUUCCAGCAGCUUUAUGUCAAGUUCUUCCCUUACGGUGACGCCUCCAAGUUCGCCCAGCACGCCUUCAGGACCUUCGACAAGAAUGGCGACGGCACCAUCGACUUCAGAGAGUUCAUCUGUGCGCUGUCCAUCACAUCGCGAGGCAGCUUCGAGCAGAAACUCAACUGGGCCUUCAACAUGUACGACCUGGACGGAGACGGCAAGAUCACACGCGUGGAGAUGCUGGAGAUCAUCGAGGCGAUCUAUAAGAUGGUGGGCACAGUGAUCAUGAUGAAAAUGAACGAGGACGGCCUGACGCCCCAGCAGAGGGUGGACAAGAUCUUCUCCAAGAUGGACAAGAACAACGACGACCAGAUCUCACUGGACGAGUUCAAAGAGGCGGCCAAGAGUGACCCGUCCAUCGUACUACUGCUGCAGUGCGACCUUCAGAAAUAG